AUGUAAUAAAUUGAUUAAUUCAUAAAUUUUGUUGGAUUAGAAGCAUGUGAUUAUGAAAAAACUCUUAUUGGAAUUGCAAAUUAUCUAGGAUUUAAAAGGCCUAGUUAUUUAGCAUUAUCUUAUUUGUCAUUUUCAAUAUUGCUAAUUUAUUUAAAUAUUCAACCUCAAUUUAUUAGUGACUUUAUAGGAUUUUGUUUUCCAGCAUUUAAAACAUUUUAAGCAUUAAAUUCCAUAUGUAAGAUAUUCUUAACUAUAUAAUUUAGAUGAUUCUUAAUUAAAGUGGAUAACUUAUUGGAUAAUGUACUCAUUAGUUGUAUUGAGCCAUAAAAUCAUAUUAUAUUACAUACAAGCAUACACUUUGUAUUAUAUUUUCAGAAUUGCAGUGUUUAUAUACUUGUUUUCAAGCGGAGCUGAAAAGUUAUAAUAAUCAAUAGAGAUUUUAUAUAAAAAAUAUUCAUAGGGAAUAGAGAGAAAAUUGGAGGAAUUAAAUUAAAAAUUCACUUUUUGAAAAAAAUUUAUUUUCAUUGUUCAGAUUUUUUAUGAAG